AAGAGACAGAUAGAGAGAGACAGAGAGAGAGAGAUAGAGAGAGACAGAGAGAGAGAUAGAGAGAGACAGAGAGUAGAUUGGCUGCAUAACACAGUUAGUUUCGCUGAAAAGUUGAGAAAAGUUCAAAGUACCAAAGAUCAUGGAGCCACAACAGAUCCGAGAGGGAUACUUGGUGAAAAAGGGUACGCUGCUGAACUCCUGGAAGGCAGUGUGGGUGGUGCUGUCAGACGAUGGGCUGGAAUUCUACAAAAAGAAAACAGACCGCUCUCCAAAGGGAAUGAUCCCUCUGAAGGGAGCCGUGCUCGUCAAUCCGUGCCAGGAUUUCGGCAAGAGGAUGCUGGUUUUCAAGAUCACCACUGACAGGAAGCAGGAUCACUUCUUUCAAGCCUCACACGUGGAGGAGCGAGAGUUUUGGGUCAAAGACAUCAAGAGAGUGAUCACCUGCCUGGAUGGGGGGAGAAAAUUUGCCAGGAAGUCCACAAGACGCUCCAUCCGCCUGCCUGACAAAGUCAACCUGACGGAACUGUACGCACUGAUGAAAGACCAAGACGGUGGAGUAAAAGAGUUGAAGCUGGAGCAGGAGAGCCGUGUCUUCAACCACUGCUUCACCGGUGCAACGGUGGUGGAGUGGCUGAUUUCAAAGGAGAAAGCGAGAAAUAGACCCGAGGCCCUGAUGCUAGCAACAGGGCUCCUGAAUGAGGGUUUUCUCCAGCCUGCGGGCGACCUGUCGAAGGAGGGAGCAGAGAGCGGAGAACAAACCGUCUUUUUAGAUGAGACCAUUGCUCUCUAUUACUUUGCAGACAGUGGGUUCUUCUGUGAAGGCUACUCCAGUGAUGAAGAUGUGCUUCUAAAAGAGGAAUUCAGAGGAAACAUCGUCAAACAGGGCUGUUUACUGAAACAGGGACACAAGAGAAAAAACUGGAAGGUGCGAAAGUUUGUCCUGAGAGAUGACCCCGCUUUCAUGCAUUAUUAUGAUCCCACAAAGGGUGACGAUCCCCUGGGCUCGAUCCAUCUCCGCGGGUCGGUGGUUACGGCUGUGGAGUUCGUGCCAGACGCCAAAAAGUAUGACGUGGACGGCGACCUCUUCGAGAUCAUCACCUCGGAUGAGACCCACUACUUCCUCCAAGCCGCUAAGGCGGAAGAACGAAAGGAGUGGAUCACAGCGAUACAGGCAGUGUCCAAAAGUGGGAAAUAACAGGAGCAGCAGGAGAGUCACAGUUGGAGUUAUUGCUUGUAAAAAUGUUACACUGAAAGGCCUUUAGCUCCAUAAAGGUGUGUCAGCAAAGCUUUUAUGUAAACUGAAUUAGUGCUGUGUCGUAAUGCUCUACACGCUAUCAGACUAAUCGUAUGGUGUUCAUAUAUCUUAUUAAAAAGAAAUAAAGGUUACAACAGUUAAAUGUGACAGUAUAGUUUAUUACAGCUAAUGCCUAAGUGGAUGUUUGAAUGUCAAGGGCUCGUAAUGUGUGGCAACGUCUUAAAAUAAGACUUUCCAGUAAUAAGGAGUAAUAUAUUGGUAAUAUUUUGGUACUUACCAACAUUAUACCAACACAAUGUCUUAUGUUGUAAAGUAAAUAUUUGACUUUUAUGACAUGAAUGCAACCUGAUCAUGUUUGUAACAAGCUUUGUAAGCGCUAUGUUGUAACACACCUAAUCAGUAGUACUCAAGUUGUACUUCUCAAUUCUUUGUGAAAACUACUGUUCUACUACUAUUUCAAUGUCCAUGAGCAGGCAGCUAACUGUGGUAUCCAAGAGCACACUUACUUGCACAGUCAUUGCAUCUAUUACUUGAUGGAAAGCUGUGGUUUAUUUGCUAAGUAUGAAAAAGUUACUAUUUUGUUCAUUGAAGACAAUAAAACAUCCAUUUUAGGGCGAAAGUGAAAGUCAGACACUUA